AUGCUGACUGUGGUGGUCCAAGUGGAGCUGGGCAGUGAAUCAGGAGGAGGAUGGGAUGGGGCAUGUGAGCAGGUAAACUGUGCCUGUGUCUCCCUGCAGGAGGCAUGGCAGGAGCUGCUGGCACAAGUCCAGCCCUUGCUGGGCUCCGUGGGCCAAGGAUACAGCGUGGCCCUGUUGCUUCAGGGUCAGGAAGUCCAAGCACCCCAACUUGUGCCUCAGCUGCUGCAGAUGCUGUUUGAAGAAGCUCAGGCCCUGAGCCACUCGGACACUAUGCUUAGCACGCUUAGUCUGGUACAGCUCAACCCCCAUGGGAUGGCCCAGGACCUGCUCUCUCUGGCAGAAGAGAACCUAUCAGUGCUGGACGUGGCCCCUCUGGGUUUGGUGGUGGAAGGUGCUAAGGAAGUGGAAGUGACUGACUCGAGAGCUGCCUCUGAGCUGUACUUGCAGGCCACAGGGGCUGAGGGCAGAGACUGCCCCCUGAUGCAAGUAUUGGCUGGUGAGGUUACUGGUGAGGAAGAGGAGGGCUCUCUGCCUUGGACUAUCUCAUGGCUCCUGGAAGGAAACAACUACAGUGGCCUACUUCUUCAUCUGGACCCCCAAGGUACCUCCCGGAGUUUGCUCCAGGCAGCUUUGUCCGGGGCCUUGGAAAGGAGAAUGCGGGCAAAACAGGUGAGGCCCACCCUGUGGGAUGCGGUGGAAGAGGCUCGAGCCCGCAGGGCUGGCCUGAAGACUCUGCGUUUGAGCCUCCUCGGGGACACACUGACGAUCAGUGGGCUUGGCCAGCUGGGCAGGGCACUGCGGGAGCUACAGCAUGUGACAGACUUGAUAACAAGCCAGAGCCCCGGCCUCAAGCAGUGCCUAAAGGUGGAUCUGGGGCCUGGGGCUUUGGGAGACAGGGGUCUUCUUCAGCUAUGUUGUGAUUAUUUCUCUAUUCCUUUAGCAGCAAGAACAGCAUCUUUAGGAUCUAGGUUCCAACCAAAGCAACUUUCUGGGAACACCGAGGAACAGGACCAACAGGCUCCAGAUGUGGCCUUGCAGUUCUCCCUGGCCCAGGCUCAGAGGCAGAGACUACGAGAGCAGCAUCAAAUCUGGAUCCAAGAGAAGCUGAAACAUUUGGAAACACUGGAGGAGGUGGCAGAAGAGCAGAACAAAGGCCUGGUGCCUGAAGACGAGGCCUGCGAGACAAAGACAAGGUGGCACCGGGAACGGACAGUGCUGAGACUCCAGCUAGAAGCCCUGCAGGAGGAGAGGGACAGAGCAGAGCAGGACCUGGCAGCUCUCUACGACCUGCAUGUGCAGGCUGCCCGAGCUCGGACAUGCCACAUGUUGCAGGUAUUCCGAGCCUGGCAGAAGCUGUGGGAAGAGCAGGCCAGGACCACAGAGCACCGUCAUCGCAACCUGUUGGCUGGCGUCCUGCAAGACACCAUCAACUUGGCCACACAGAACCAGGAGCUCCAAGCCCAGAAUUGGCAGCUUCAGCACGAGGCAGACUAG